GGGGUCCAGGCCCCGGGGAUCCGAGACGCCGCCCGCGCGCAGUCUCUGGUCACUGCCGCCCGGGGGCUUUUGCCAGCGGCGCCGCGGGCCUGCGUGCUGGGGCAGCGGGCGCUUCUUCGACCUCAUCCUCCUCGUCCUGUGCGGCCGGCCGGGUGAGGCCGGGCCCGCGUAGGGGGCAGUCGGCGGCUGCCUCCGGCGGAGGUGCCUCGCGGCGCCCGGGCCGGCCCGCGCCUCGGCGGCGUGCUCCAUGCAUCCGGAGCCCGCCCCGCCCCCGAGCCGCAGCAGCCCCGAGCUUCCCCCAAGCGGCGGCAGCACCACCAGCGGCAGCCGCCGGAGCCGCCGCCGCAGCGGGGACGGGGAGCCCCCGGGGGCCCCGCCACCGCCGCCGCCCGCCGUCACCUACCCGGACUGGAUCGGCCAGAGUUACUCCGAGGUGAUGAGCCUCAACGAGCACUCCAUGCAGGCGCUGUCCUGGCGCAAGCUCUACUUGAGCCGCGCCAAGCUUAAAGCCUCCAGCCGGACCUCGGCUCUGCUCUCCGGCUUCGCCAUGGUGGCAAUGGUGGAGGUGCAGCUGGACGCUGACCACGACUACCCACCGGGGCUGCUCAUCGCCUUCAGUGCCUGCACCACAGUGCUGGUGGCUGUGCACCUGUUUGCGCUCAUGAUCAGCACCUGCAUCCUGCCCAACAUCGAGGCGGUGAGCAACGUGCACAAUCUCAACUCGGUCAAGGAGUCCCCCCACGAGCGCAUGCACCGCCACAUCGAGCUGGCCUGGGCCUUCUCCACCGUCAUCGGCACGCUGCUUUUCCUGGCUGAGGUGGUGCUGCUCUGCUGGGUCAAGUUCUUGCCCCUCAAGAAGCAGCCAGGCCAGCCAAGGCCCACCAGCAAGCCCCCCGCCGGUGGCGCAGCAGCCAACGUCAGCACCAGCGGCAUCACCCCGGGCCAGGCAGCUGCCAUCGCCUCGACCACCAUCAUGGUGCCCUUCGGCCUGAUCUUUAUCGUCUUUGCCGUCCACUUCUACCGCUCACUGGUCAGCCAUAAGACCGACCGACAGUUCCAGGAGCUCAACGAGCUGGCGGAGUUUGCCCGCUUACAGGACCAGCUGGACCACAGAGGGGACCACCCCCUGACGCCCGGCAGCCACUAUGCCUAGGCCCAUGUGGUCUGGGCCUUUCCAGUGCUUUGGCCUUACGCCCUUCCCCAUGACCUUGUCCUGCCCCAGCCUCACGGACAGCCUGUGCAGGGGGCUGGGCUUCAGCAAGGGGCAGAGCGUGGAGGGAAGAGGCUUUUUAUAGGAGAAAUUUCUGCACUUUGAAACUGUCCUCUAAGAGAAUAAGCAUUUCCUGUUCUUCCAGCUCCAGGUCCACCUCCUGUUGGGAGGCGGUGGGGGGCCAAAGUGGGGCCACACACUCGCUGUGUCCCCUCUCCUCCCCUGUGCCAGUGCCACCUGGGUGCCUCCUCCUGUCCUGUCCAUCUCAACCUCCCUCCCGUCCAGCAUUGAGUGUGUACAUGUGUGUGUGACACAUAAAUAUACUCAUAAGGACACCUCCUUCCCGUGUCUUGUAUUUAUUGGGCCUGGGCUACUGCUCACCCUGGUUAGGUGAGCCUCUAGGAAAACUUAAAACAAAUUUUAAGCCAGGUAUGGUGGCACAUACCUGUGGUCUCAGCUAUUCAGGAGGCCAAGGCAGGAGGAUCUCUUGAGCCCAGGAGUUUGAGACCCCAUCUCAAACAAAAAAUACAAAAAUUAGCCAGCCACGGCGCCUGCACUUCCAGCUCCUUUGAGAGACUGAGGCAGGAAGAUUGCCUAAGCCCAGGAGGCCAAGUCUGCAGUGAGCUAUGGUAACACCACUGCACUCCAACCUGGGCAACAGAGGGAUACUCUGUCUCUAAAAAAAUAGAAAAAUUUGCCCAGCAUGGUGGCUCACGCCUGUAAUCCUAGCCCUUUGGAAGGCCAAGGUGGGCAGAUCACUUGAGGUCGGGAGUUCGAGACCAGCCUGACCAACAUGGAGAAACCCCGUCUGUACUAAAAAUACAAAAUUAGCUGGGUUUGGUGGCGCGUGCUUGUAAUCCCAGCUACUCGGGAGACUGAGGCAGGAGAAUCGCUUGAACCCAGGAGGCGGAGGUUGCAGUGAGCUGAGAUCGCACCAUUGCACUCCAGCCUGGGCAACAACAGUGAAGCUCCGUCUCAAAAAAAAAAAAAUUUCAACAUUUUAUUUUGAGAAAUUUCAAACCUACAAAAAGUUGCAGGAAUAGUGUCUAUCUGAAAUACAUAUUCAGUCUUUUCUUUAGAAGUCUUUUUUUUUUUUUGAAUAGAGCCUCACUCUGUCACCCAGGCUGGAGUGCAGUGGUGCGAUCUGUAAAAUCACCAUGAGCACUGACUUAGCACAUACUGGACCGUUGCUCCUAGGAGAAAUACAGGGUUGCGUUCCUGUGAGCUUUGGUCGUGAUAUUUUCAUCAGCUGAUCAAUAUGUAAUCUUGUUUUAUGUGUAUUUCUGUUUAAAGAUUCAUAUAUAUAUAUGUGUAUAUAUAUAUAUAUGGUUGAGUUGUUACCAUUGAACUCACAGCCCGCAGGACUAGAACACAUGCCUAAAUAAAGUUUAUCUAACAUA